UGAUCGCAUUUCAAGUUAAAUAAACGUGCGGACGCCACACAGAUAUCCACUAUUUUUAUCCAAGUUAGAAAUAUAAAUCUUAAAAAUGGCUGGACGUGGAAGGGGCGGGAAGACAGGCACCCUCACAGCCGAGCAAAUGGCCUUGCUGGGCUGCACGAAGGACAUGCCCGUGCAGACGGCACCGCCUCCUACAUUUCCGCCGGUUCUGAACAGGCCCACUACCUUGGAGACAACAGCCACACAAAACUACCAGCUGCUGUGGAAGGAGGAUUUCCUGAACCGUAUGCGCGACUCCCCCUAUUACAUUGUAUCCGCCACCCAGGAGCCGCAAAAUAAGGAACACAGGGACUGGCGAGAGAAAGCAAUGGACCGCUUCAAACUAAAGGCUCAGCCCGAGUUUAACUACAAAGCCAUGCCGCGGGAGCUGAAUACCUUAAAUCGCAAGCGAAAGGGUGCGGAUGUCAAGCCAAAGCUGUUGGCCAAGAAGACCAACAUCGAGGACAGACUGAAGGUCCUGGAGCAGAAGGAACUAAAAGCUGGCAGCGGAGAGCAGGACGAAAUUAAGCAGGAAUCAGACUCCGACCAAGAGGAGGAGCAGGACGAUCCGGAGGCGGCGCUGGACGACGAGAUGGACGAGGAGAACGAUUACGGCAACAGUUACUUCGACAAUGGAGAAUCAUACAACGACGAGGACGACAACUUGGACGAUGGUCCCGUGUACUGAGCCAAAUAUACAAACAACAUUUCCGGAACUGAA